AUGGCGGCCCAGCCACCGCGACUCGUUCACGCCGUCGACAACGCCCUCACCAAUGCCUACACGGUCAGCAAGCUGCCCGCUUUGCCGGACAGGAUACGUUCGGACUCGAAUCUUGAGCUUCAAGGUGAAAUCGCCUGUGGUUUUGGCUACGCCCUCGCCCUCACCCACACCCAUGCCAUCGUCUGGCCUUACACAUCGACAUCGCAAUCGCCAGAGACCUUUGCCUUCAACCUCCCUUCGAGCUCGAGACAUGGCGAACCUCUUCCCGUCGGGUGCCUUGUCUCCCCAUCUGCCGCCGCAUCAGAGCCGGGCCUGCUUGUAGUGAUGGCUGGCAGUGGGAAGAUCGUCUAUUGGGAAUCGAUCUCGAGCGCGGCAACAUUUGCGUUUAUCAAGAAGGAGCGCACCGGCGUUGAAUCAGUCAUCUCAGGUAUGCCACACGGUGAAAAGGUCGAUGCGAUUACCAAUGCGGAAUCCGCUGGUUUUGUGUUGACUUUCAACACCGGCCGCCUCGCCUACCUGAAUGUGCGUGAUGCACACGGCCGACCAUCCAUUUCUGUGCAAUUUCUACGAUCCGCCCUUGCACCGUCCGGCAGUGGCUUCUUCGGGAGUAUCCGUCACGCCUUCUCGAACUUGUCCAUCCGCGGCGAUGUUGCGGCCGUUCGCGCCGAUCGGUCGAACAGAGUUGGAGAAAGGAACAUUGUCGCAUUGGGCAGCAAAGGCAAGAUCCAAGCGUGGAAAAUUCACCGUGGGGGUCACAAUGAGCCUUUGGGAGACAUCGACAUGCGUGACCAGAUCGUCUCGGCUCUGUACGAAUCUGAUCCGAAAAGUGAGGACUAUUCAGCCGACUCGUUUGAAGCUCUGGAUCUCGUAUUCGUACCCAAGGGUCUUGAGCCAAAGUACCUGCAACUCAGUAAGCUGAGCGACGCGAUGGCUUUAGACGACUCUGAUGUACAACAUUUGCUUCUGCUUGUUAGUUUGAGCAACAACCAUUCGGCAAGAUAUGCAUUGGUGGAGGUCAUUCUCACUGCGACUGAGGGCCAUACUGGUAUGGUCCGCCCGCUCACGUCCUACUCCACACCGAUUUCUCAUGCGGAUGUCGCUCGACCGACCAAACCGAGGCUCUACCUUCCGCGACCAGCGAUUGUGGCUUUUGUCGUCUUUGAUCGCGCUGCUGUCAUCGCUUCCGUCGCGAUGCAACCCGAAUCCCCGGAGGCGCAACUGCAGUCGGAUAGCCAUAUACUUCCAUCAUCAUUUGAAGAUGUUGUCGAUUUCAGGGAAGAUAACGCCCACGAGGUCCUGGGGUCCGGCUUCGAAGAGCUGCCCCCAGCAUACGCUACCGAAGAGAACCGAAACCAGCGCCAUAAGACGAAGAAUCCGGCGGCAAUGCUGCUUGUGCGUGGGGCUGGUGUGAUUCGGCUGGUAACCACGGAUAUCGACAAGUUUGGGAGCGAAAAGCCGCCGACUGUCACAGCAAAGAGCAAAAUGGAGCAGGCAGUGUUCUUUGGCGUGAAGCAGGAAAACCCCUUGAUCUUUGAUGCGCGCCAAGAGGUCUCAUUUUCCAACCAGGAGCUCUGCGAAGCUGCCCUUGAAGUGAGCCGUGAGGUUCUGGGCUCCACCACAACUUUCAUUGCAACUUUACCAGCCCACCUGGAAGAGAAUUUGCGAGCGCGAGCCAACGCCUUGGAACGUCUUAUGGACUACCUGCGUACUACCAAAGCCAAAUUGAACAGGGCAACACGAUGGCAACUUUUGUUUAAUGCGGAGAAGAUGCACGUGGCCGCCCUCCUUUGGAAACGCCAGGAGGCCUUCACCGCCGAACGGUCUGCCGAUGACAAGAAGAGUGUCAUCGGUUAUACUGUCGAGUUCAUCAACGAGAAACACAAGCACCAGCCGCGGCCCGCACUCGGUGAAGUUGACCCAGUCAGGCACUGGUUCAUCAACGACAUUGACCGCAUGGAUCUCUUCGUUGCCUGGACAUAUGAAGUGAUCAAGGUGUUGUAUCAAGGCAGUAUGCUGUCCGACCAACAAUUCGCUGUCAUGCUUUUCGAGGCAAUGCAAGUCUUGACCUGCUCCCACUCCAUGGCCACAAGUUUUCGACAACACAAUCUGGCCUUCUACGGACUGUCCGGUGAGGAACUUGACAAUGGCAUCCUAGUCCGCGGUUAUGAAGGGCUGCGUGAGCCCUGGACUGGCACGUCAUUCGCCGCCAACAGUGCACGGCGUCUGGCUGAGUUAGCGGCCUCUUGGUCCGAGUCGCAGCUCAGGAAGGGACGUUCUGAUGCUGAUUCGAUAGCCAAACCCAUCGACCAGAAGCUGCUGCGCAAAAUCGUCGGUGCCCUGCCGGACGUGACCGACAGCAUGCUCACGGCAGUCCACGAGUUUGCUCACUUCGCGGAGAGCUCAGGUCGUGCCGAUCACAGACUUCAAGGUCAGGAAUUCGCAAGCACCUACGACAAGGACAAGUACGAACGGCCGAGGUUACUUGCUCACGUAUUCGACCUGUGGGAGGCAGCGGCGGACCUGACCAAGAAACACAGAUCAAUGAAGGGGUUGGCCUCGAUUUUUCUCGACCAUAUUGUCCAUCUCGAGGCUGUUCUGUCGGAAGAUGGCGCCGGGGACGCAGAGAAGCAACGCGUUCAGGCUGUCAUUGAGAAGAAAAAGACGGAGAUCGGAGCAAACAUGGCUCGAUUCGGCCACAAAUUUGCUUUCCCGCUGUAUGACUACCUUAUUGAGGAGCAUGGGGCCGGAGCGGUUCUCGAUUUUGAGCUGGAUACCGCAGGCUUGAGAUCCCAAUACCUGAGAUCGAAGAAUGAGCUUUCCAAAAUCACCUGGAUCAAUGACGUGCAGCAGGACAAAGAUGCGGCGCACGCAUAUCAGACGCUCUUCAGAGUCGCCCUCGCUGCGGAGCAGCAAGUAUGGAACAAGAAGGUCGAGCUUAGCCUGGCACGUUUGGCCCUUCUAGCCGACGCCGAGGCGGAGGCGGCCAAACCCGACAGUCUCAUCGUACAGACCGAUGCCAAGCGCCGCGCCGAGGAUAUCCAGAUGAUCAAGGAAGAGCGUGUCGCCGUGCAGAUGCAGGAAAUGCUCUAUGAGCAAAUCCUCCCGAGCACGGCGAAUGCUAUCGACGACGCUGCUGCACUAAAUUUUGCCAUGGAGGUGCAUGGCAGCAACAUACCUCGCAAGCAGAAAGUGCUGCGGAAGGUCUUUGAACACGGGUUGGAGAGCCUGCUGCAACACGAUGUUGUCGAUCCCAUGACACUGAUCGAUCUCCUAACAUUGUUUACACCAAACCCCGAUCUGGACGACGAAGAAUACGCAGACCCUUUCUGGAUGGCUCUCCAGGUUGCAGAGUCGUCUUGCCCGGGCGACGUUGCGAAUGACGCCAAGCGACUGAUCUGGAGGCGCCUGUUGGUUCGGGACGAUUGGGCGAAACUAAAUAACACGAAUCUCAAGAACGACGAGGAAGUCACCGCAAGCUUCAUGGGUACCGCUCUAUACUCUUGUCUGUACCAGUGCAUCGCCAAACACGACGCACGUGAGCCCUUCCACCCCCCGAGACCUCAGGAUGUGCUGGGUGUCUUCACGGAGCAGCUUGACAGUCGUUUCGCCAAGUUCGGCGCCGACGACCAGGCCAAACUCCGCGAGGCUAUGAAGCAGGAAGACAAGCUUCUCACAACGGCCAUUGAGAAACAUCGCCUGCCGGAGUGGUUCCGCACAGUCUUUGACGGGGCCACAACGCAGGUUCAGAAUUAUAUCGACGACCAGACGGCAGCUGGCGCAUUGAUACAGGACGGCGCCGCUUAG